UGAGAGAAAUCGGUUAUCAAUGCUUCUUGCAGAAUAUACUGAUGAUAUUGUAGUAAGCCAAAAUGCCUAUACAAUUAAAUCACGCAAAGAUUCGCUCUGGUUUCUGGCUACAAAAUUAUUAUCUGCCUUUGAUCAUUCGAAUUCUACAACCCACUAUCUUUUUGAAGAUGCACCGGAAAUUAGUGAAAACAGAAUUAAAGAUAUUCUUGCUCUCUAUGAAAGAGUUCAACAAGGUCCUUCUACAUCAGAGCAGAUAUUAUCAUCUGAAGUUUCAAGACAGCAUCACACCACUACAGAAGCAGAGAAAACUAUACUAGCUCAAUUAUGGGAAAGUGAUGAAAAAUUAACAGAUGCCAUAAUUAUGAAUAUAGUAUCAAGACUUAACACAGUUUCCUCAA